AUGACGGACAAGCUCCCUCCCCAGCUGCUUGCGCUCUUUGCGCCGCGACCUCCUUUGAAGUGGGUGCAGCCCUGCGACUACCCGGCCGAGGAGCGCAAGACCGCCUCAAUCUCGGGUGUCGCCCAGUAUCUGCCUGUUCUUCAGGAAAGUCAGGACAAAGACAAUUAUCAGCCAACGGAAAGCUGGCUGCAACGACGCGAUCGGAAGAAGGCAGAGCACGAGGCUGAGGUCCAGAAGCUCCUUGUAGAAGGCCCCAAGCAAUACAACCCUAAUGAGGAUCCCAAUAUUCGUGGCGACGCCUUCAAGACUCUGAUCGUCGCGCGACUCAGCUACGAAGCGACCGAGGAAGAUCUGGAGCGCGAGUUCGCCCGCUUCGGCUCCAUCGAGCGUAUACGGAUCGUCAAAGACACCCACGCUCAUGAGAAGGGCAACAAGAAACGUAAACCCCACCGAGGGUAUGCAUUCGUGGUUUUCGAGCGCGAAAAGGACAUGAGAGAACCGGAUAUCCAUCCUUGCCCUGGAGAGAAUGGCCCUCAAGCUUGCCUCUUUCCAUCAUCCUUUUCUCUUCCUCCCUCUCGCUUCUCACGAUUCCGUGGUCAAGGUAUGAUCAAUGCUGCUCUGGACGGUUGUGAUGGCAUCCGCAUCAAAGACCGUCGCAUCAAGGUAGAUGUCGAACGCGGUCGUACUGUCAAGGGUUGGAAGCCCCGGAGGCUCGGCGGUGGCCUGGGUGGUCGAGGAUAUACUAGGGCUAUGCCCUCGCAACCCAUGGGCGGAGGCCGAGGGGGCUUUGGCGGGGGCUUCCGUGGUGGUUUCCGCGGAGGCUUCGGCGGUGGCCGCGAUAGAGGCUUCAGAGGUGGUGGCAACUUCCGAGACCGUGGCUACGGUGGUCAAGGAAGCGGUGGCUAUGGCGGGCCACGCGGAGGCGACCGUGGCGGCGACCGUGGCGGUGACAGAGGCGGCGACCGAGGUGGCGACCGUAAUGGCUUUGGGGGUCCUCCGCCAAACGCCCCCGGUGGUCCAGGUUUCGGUAGCGGCGGCUACGGUGGACGUAGCGGGGGUGACCGUCGGGAUUUCUCUGGUCCCAGGGGUGGGUAUGACUCCCGCGAUGGCGGCGGCCGCUCAUAUGACGAUAGAUCUGGCGGCGGCGGCGGCGGCGGCGGCGGUUACCGCGACCGAAGAGACGACCGCCGAACCGGCAGCAACAUGGAGCCCAUUCGACCGAGAGAGAAUGGUGGGUAUCGCGACCGCGACCGAGACUAUGACCGGCCCUCUGGCGGCGACGACAACCGCAAACGUGGAUACGACGGCGGUGGCUAUGAAGAUCCAAGGAAACUGCGCCGUUAUUAA